AUGUCUAAGUGGAGAUGCUUCAUCCACAUCAGCUUUUUGUUGACCGUUCUCCUGGAACUGAUAUACCAGCUUCCUGUUUUCCCUCCGCUAUUGAUGAAAAGCUACUCCAUGCAUUCUACCAUGGUUUCCCACUAUGCCCACAGCUUGGUCACUCUGUUCAGGCCCAGUGCCGAGGCCCGUGAAGCCAUCUUUGACCUGGAUCUGCCUCACUUUGCUUUUAUCUCCAAUUUUACCAUGACCAUCAACAAUAAAGUCUACAUUGCAGAAGUCGAAAAGAAGGACCAGGUAAAGAAAAUCUAUGAAGAAGCCCAUCAGCAAGGAAAAAUAGCUGCUCAUGUAGGCAUCAGCGGGGACAAGGAUCUCUACUUCAUAGGAUUACAUGAAGAUGAUUACCAGCUGGUGUUGAGCUGGAGGUCUGGCCAAUUGGUGAAAAGGCUGAGUGCAGAGGUUACAGUGCUGGAAAAGACAAGCAUUGGAUAUGUUCAUGUAUCACCUCUGAGGACAAGAACUCUUCAUACCACCACCCAUGCAGGUGAGGCUGACUCGCUCCCAUCCACCAGGAUUGAGAGGGGAGAGACCUGUGUCCGAAUUACCUUCUGUCCAACACUGCAAGACAAGUCUGCCUUCUCCAGCUCAGGGAUGAUGGCCAACGUUGUGGUCCAGUAUGAUGUAGCAUUGGAGGAUAUCACAGGAGACGUGCACAUUUACAACGGCUAUUUUAUUCAUGACUUUGCACCCAGAGGCCUUCCACCUGUUGGUAAAAAUGUGGAGUUUGUUUUCGAUGUGAGUGGCUCCAUGUGUGAUACCAAGAUGAAGCAGACUAAAAAGGCAAUGAAUGUUAUCCUUGGUAACCUGUGGGCCAGUGACUACUUCAACAUCACCUCCUUUUCUUACACAGUGUGCAAAGCUGGAGGCUCCAUCCAAGCCACCAUCCAGAAUGUUCACAGUACUACGGACUACCUGGGCCAUAUGGAAGAUGCUGGUUAGACUGACAUCAACACGGCUCUGCUGGCAGCUGCUUCAGUGCUGAAGCAUAGCAACCAGGAGCUUGGGAGGAGGCCCAGUGUGGGGAGGAUCCCUCUCAUCAUCUUCCUGACAGAUGGGAAGCCCACAGCUGGGGUGACAACUUCCAGUGUGAUCCUCUCUAACAUCCAUCAGGCACCAAGCAACAAAGUGGCCCUUUUCAGCUUGGCCUUUGGGAAUGAUGCUGACUUCCCACUGCUGUGUUGUUUGUCCCUAGAGAACUGAGGAGCAGCCUGGCACAUAUACGAAGACACCAGUGCAGCCCUACAGCCAGAAGGCCUCUAUGAAGCAAUCUCCAUGUCUCUGCUGGCAGAUAUGCAUCUGGACUACCUGGGUGGCUUGACUGGGGCCUCUCCUUGGGCCAUUUUCCCCAACUACUUUGGUGGUUCAGGGCCUGUAGUGGCAGGCGAAGUGCAGCUAGGCAAGUAGGAACUAAACAUCCACCUGAAAGCCCAUGGCCCCAGGGAUCAGCUUCUGGCCUGCCACAGUGAAGUGGCUGCCAACAGCAGCCAGAAGGCCUUUGGUUGCCCAGAGGAGCCAGCCCCCAAUGUAGCCCACUUCAUACGUUGCCUUUGGGCCUACAUCACCAUUACAGAGCUACUGAAGGCAUGCUUCCAGGCUUGUGAUGCCAGCACUCACCACAUGCUGGCUGCCAAAGUCCUCAAUCUGUCCCCUUAACAAAAUUUUGUCACACCUCUGACUUUACUGGUCAUGGCACAACCCAAAGAAGCCAGUGGGAAAGCCAGGAAACAGACUACCACAGAUGGACCAGGCACCAUCAUGCUUAGUCAUAGCCUAGGGGCAGGCACAACCCAGCACCUAGUGCCCUUGGUUUCUCCCAAAUAAAAGCUUGUGAAACCAAAGCUCUACUUAUCCUCAACUACCAUCUCUACAAAGAAGAUGCCCAGUUCCAAGGAAUUAAGGCCACUGGGUCAGAGCCCUAGUACCCCAUACACCCUUGCAUACCCAAAGCCCCAAAUUCCAGCAUAACAGGAUUCUGGAACCUCGGCUCAGCCAAAAUUUAGGACAAAACCUCCUCUCAUUGUGCUCUCAAAUUUUGGUGCCCUAUUGCUUCUGAAGUCCAGCACACCAUUACAUCAGAACCUUGGUACUAUAUUAGCUAUGAAUUAGACACAAGUCCCACCUCUGAAUUCUAGCAUUCUAGCCCAUCCCCAAACUGGCCCUAUGAAACAUGCUACUCUGCUGUAUUCCAAACCUGGUGCUCCAUUACAACCUAAACGAGAUGCCUCAUCACUCCUGCAACCUGAGGUACUUAUACCACAAUCAACUAAAAGCCUGUCACAGCCCAGGCCUGAAUUCUCCACACAUCAGAUCCUCAAAUACCCACCACACACCGCAGCAAGGGCUCUUGCUCCUAAGACCCCAAACAACAUGCCAUAUCCUAGACCUGGGAUCCUCUUACCUAAGACCCCUAAAAUUCCAUUACCUCUUAAACCUAGUGCUCCCCCUCACCAACCUUCCCUCAGUUUAUCACUUUCCACUAGGACACCAACUCCUAAUAAACCCAAAAUCCCAUUACCUUCCAGGCCUGCCAAGCUCAGGCCCCCACCUCCAGAGGCUUUGCAUACCCCAAGCACAGUCUCAAGUCUCACAAGUCCCAGCAGUACCAUGACCAUUUCUGCCCUUGGAGAAUUCAUCAUUACUCCCUUUCAUCCCACCCUACCCUCUCUGCUGCCCCCUGAAAGGCUCUGGCAUCAGCAUGACCUGUUGCCAGAGCCCCAAAGCACCACCUGUGUCUAUGAACAAGAGAGACUUGCUUAUGCUUCACAAGCAGAGAAGGGAUGUGGGGUUAUAAAUGGGAGCACCCCUGGGCAAGGGAAUCCACAUUGGGACAGCAAUUCUGAAAAGAUCUUUGGAGGAGAUAGAGGCAGCAUGAAAUCUCAGGAAAGUUCUGCAGUACUAGCGAAAGGCAUGUUGCCAAGCAUCUUCACUUUCUCAUCCUUGAAAAUGGGACCCCACUUUGUGAUACACAUCCCACACUCAGAAGAGAGGAACUUCUUCACACUGGAUGAGCAUCCAGGGGAUCUGCUACAACUCAUAGAUGACCCAAAGGCAGGGCUGCAUGUGAGUAGACAGCUGCUUAGGGCACCAUCAAGGCCAGGUCACAAGGACCAGAUCUGUACCUACUUCCAGGUAGGUCUGUAGGCCUGUACCAAUCCUGUUGGCCCUGUGGGCCCCUGUAAACCCUGGGCCUACACUGUUUCCAUUACCCACAGUUCCAUAUCUGUGCAAGGUAAGGGUACCUUGCUUCUGUCCUGGGACCAGCCUGCACUACUGAAAAGGCCCUAGCUAGAGCUCCAGGUGACUGCUGCAGCAUGUUAAACCCUCUACCUUGGGCUUUAUCUUGAGUUCCUAGGUCUCCAGCACCACUACCAGAACCCCAGCAUCCUGUAACUACCACACCUGGGGUUCUAUAUGGUCAGUGGCUCAAGUCUCAGCCCCUUGGCCCAUGGCCUACUGGGACAGUUCCAGCAUGCAGACAUCAAGCUGGUGGCAGGGCCUAUGGGGCCAAAACUGAGGAGGUACCAGGGCCCAGAUGUGCCUGUGGUACUAGGCAAGAAGCUGCUGAAGGACUCACCAAGACUGUUGCCCCACUGAGCUUCCUGCUGACUGGUGAAAUGCUCUCAUGUACAGUGGUUUCUGGGCCAACCCUACAUUGCCUAUGUCCUGUGA